AGGAACCAGAGCUCUUCGACAGAGCAGAUUUGGUGGAUCUAGGAUUGAGGUCGCCCAAGCCGUUUGACACUGGUGGAAAUGAGCAACUUUCUGAGAUGUUUGGCACUAUGGAAAUUGGUGGUACUGAUGAUGGUGAUUAUGACGAGGAUGACAUAGAUCAACUUAAUAUUGAUGAAGUUGACCAGGCAAGAAGUGAUGUCCUCGACAAUAAUUUGACUGUUGACGAAGAGUUUCAACAUUCUCUUAACGAGAGGGCAAACCAGUUCUCGGCAGCUGGAAGUGAAGGCAAUAGUAUUAAUACAACAUCCUUCCCAUCUAUCCCCAAACCAAAAGUGGAUUACCAAUACAAUGAUGACUUCAGUCUCGAGAACGAGUUGAAUGACUGGUUUACCGCAAAUGAAUUGAAAAAGCUUCCAUUGUUCAAGCAGAUUUAUAUGAAUGUGAUUAAUGUACCUGAUUUUGGAUUACUGAGGGAAUAUGAACAGUCCAAAGUGGUUCAGUUGUUGUUGAAAGAAGUACAAAAAGAUGAACCUUUAAAUGUGCUUUAUUGCAUCACUUAUAUCUCAUUAGGUGCCUAUGGUGCUCAUAAAAAUCUCAGUCAUCAUGUUGAAUCAGUGAAGAAAAACAAUCGUUUAUUGUCAGAGAAUAAUAUCACACCAAUUUUGAUCAAAAUCAUCACCAAAAGCUUCUAUAAUGCUAAAGAGUCAAAGGAUAAAGGCUCUUUUCAUUCAAAUAUUCUUUUUUUGUCUUCAACAAUACUUUUCUUUCUAAUAUGCUGUGAACUUGAUAGUAAAGACCAGUGCUCCCCAGUUUUAGAUCAACUAGAAGAGCAGGACUUUCUCAAUACACUAGUCAUAUUCAUUGAUGAAUGGAGGUGGAAUAGCCUUCCAAACUUACGAAUCAGAAACAUCAUUGCGCUCUUUGCUAAAACAUUUCAAUUUCUCAUAGGGGGGUUAAAUGAUCGUUCCAAGUCUAAAGAUUAUACAUGUGCACAGUUCGGUAUUUCAAAAGAACAAAAUCCAAGCAAACUUACUACAACACCUCUAGACUAUUAUGUUUUCAGAGAGGACAUUCUUGCAAGAUAUCCAACUUCUAUUCCAGUGCCUUCAACCCUCCCAGCCAAUUUUGAAAAUUCAUCAUCACUAUCGCAAUUCAUAAACAUUGCAAGGACUUUGGAUACAUCAAAGUCGAAUGCAGCAUUACCAGUCCCAUCCGUUCAUAUUGCAACGCCAGCCUCUUCUCCGCCUUCUACACCAGUCAAUAAAACAAAUAAGGUCGAAAGAUCAUAUCAAACAAAUCAAAGUUAUCCAUUCAUAUACCCUACCGUUUCGGGAGAGACUGAGUACGAUGUUGUUAACGUUCCAAAAAGUAUUGAAGAAGCUUCACAAUUAUGUGCAUCUCGAGUUCAAGAGAAAUUGAGCCUCAAGCAACUUUGGAACGAAAGAGAUCAUUUUAUGCAACAGGAAAGAGGUUGGACCGAUGCUCUCAACCAUUCAGAUUCCAAGUUUGAUGAUUAUAGAUUACUUGAUCCAAAACCUGAGUUGAAACCCCUAAUACGAGUUGAAAACUUUUAUUCAAAAUCAAUACCAUAUUUAUCAUCAUUGGUUCAUGUUUUAUUGCAAGUCAUCAUAAGCUCACAAGAGAACAAUCAACUUUUAGAGGAUGAUAGCAAAGAUACACUUAAUCAAAUGGAUCUAGAGCUUAUCAAGGCAAAGGAGGUUUCCUUGAAAAAUGGAAGUUAUAUAUUGGUGUUGGUAUCAAAAUGGUUGAAAGUUAGUCAUAUUCUCAAAUUUGAAUAUUUAUGUACAUUGAUCUAUGAUUCCAACUAUUUUGCAAUUUUGAUGCAAUACUUGAAAUCAACUGGGGAUUCCUUAUUUUCGAGAAUAAGAAACACAGUUUUGAAUGAAAAUCGUUACAGUUUCUGGUCCCAAUGUGCUUCAUUAUCUCCAUCCGCUUACAGCAUCCCUAAACCCACAUGCUCUAUUGAUGAAAAUUUCUGUUUUAGUUUGACAAAUUUGCUGACUAUUGGCUCGUUAAUAUGUCACAAUAAGACACAGAGGAUAAUAGCUCUUUCAGAGAAGGAUCCAGCACGGCUGUUUAAACCAUUUUUUCUAAUAAUCAAUAGCUCGUUAUGGAAACCAGUUUUAAAAAUGGUGAAGGAAAUAACCCCCUUCAAUGGAAGAAAAUGGAAGUCAUACAAUAUGGAUUUGAUUUCAAUGGUAUAUUUACAUAUGAAACCACAACUUAAAGAGAAUUGGCUAUCGGGAAGAGAUCUAGAUGGUGAACUGAAGGAUGCUUAUGGACAAGAAAUUGCUCUUCGAGCCAUCAUUCAGUUCUAUAAUUUGAGACGUUAUGGUGAUGUGAUGAGCAAGUUGGGUUACGAAAAACGCGGUAGUGACUUUUUCACUAGAGAGAUGGAGCUGCUUGCUGUGUCAGAUACUUAAGCAUUUCAAGGCGUUGCAGCAAUCUUUAAUGAAAGAAGAGCGUUGUUUUAGUUCUAGUUAAUAUUAUGAAAUAUUUCCC